CAAAUAUUGUGCAUGCGCACAACCGCUUUCCCACGCAGACAGCGCCCCAGCAGCAGAGUUACUACCAACUGCUGAUUUUCGACAUUAUUAUUUUGAUGAUGAUAAUAAUUUUGGGCGACUGAGCAACAAGAAUAGGUCUGCCAUCAGUUGAGGGGGAGCAGUUACGGUGUGAUGUUUUGAUAACACAACAGUUGUACGAGAACAUUUCAUUUCCGGGAUACGCACUACCUCUUGGCGCAUGCAUUUCAGCAAGGCCACCAUCGUGGAAAGUUACCCUUAAGUUUUAAUAGCAAUUGCGGAUUCAGCGGGAUCGUUGUCAAAGCUGGGCCGUCUCAACACACACCCUUCCACUGUCAGAGUAUCAAAAAGGUAGGUAGUGAGCCUCAGAGGCCUCAAACUAUGUGCAUUCCAAAUGCAAUUCUUGUGCAGAUUCCAUUGCAACCCAUUCAACCUGAUUAUCCUUUUCUUUUGGGUGCCAUUUGGAGCGCAUUUUGGCAUGGUCAUAGAUAUUUUGUGUUUCCCGUCUUAAUCCUCAGCCGGGCUUUCCGUUCUAGAAGUCUUCGACCUCGUGUGCGUCCGGUGCCACUCCGGAAUGGCGUACAAGUCUGUGAAAACCCUGGUGCCGAGUCUGCUCCUGUUCCUUGGGGGCGUGACGUUGGUGUCACUGUACAAUCCAUGCACUCAAAUAGGAGCCUGCCCAAACGUGCCGAGUAUCUACGCCUCUCCAGCAUGGACUGGUGCAUUCAUUCUGCUCAUGUCUACGUUUGGACUCGCCAUAUCUAUAAACGGAUGGGAAGGAAAACCAGUGGCAGGGGUAACUUUCCUCGUCCUGGACAAAUUGGGAGUCCUUCUGACAUUGAAGUGCGUGGUGUUGAGCGCCACCUGGCAGCCACAAUCAUUGUUGGCCAUCGAGCUGCGGAUCGGCAUGAUCUUGGUGUCGCUGUUCCUGUGUGCUAUGUCAGCCGUAGCCUUUGUUCUGUUCCUCCGCGAUUUCAGUCAGAAGGUCCAACUGCCAGUUGUCGUAAAGCAGAAGGUCACCUAUCGAGGUGCAGGUGGUCGAGAUGCCAAUGUCGCAUCGGUCAGCGGAGCUCUUCCCGUGGGUUCCCGUGCCGGGGUCGGGGUUUCGGCACCAUCGACAGCUCAGCCGACAACCACAGGCCUGCCAGUGAUCCCCAGUGGGCCGGAGCACAUCUACAGCACCAGGAUUGCCGACAGCGCCCCAGCAGCAGAGUGACUACUAACCGCUGAUUUUCGACAAGGGCGACGCCGGGGGUUCAUCAUCCUCAUCUGCAGCGGCGGCAGCCGCACGUCAGGCCGGAUCUCCUGGCGGCGUUGCCGGACGGCCGAGAACAUAAAAUAGCCGAGCACAUAAAAUAGCCUCCACUAGGGAGAAGCAUUGUUUUCAAAGCAGACGAUUUUAUCUUGGAUUGCGUUUGUGGUUUUCCUUCUCAGUCUAACCCAUCCGACCUCACUCUGCAUCUCAUCUCCUCUCAAUCUCACUUUGUCGGACCAUUCCCCAAUUCUGUUUCCCUAUAAACACCAUUGCUGUUGCUUUUAGUGACAUGCCUCUUUCAAUCGUAGACUCCCAACCUGCCUUGUCUGCGCCUCGUCCUUAAGGCCAAGUGAAAAUUAUGAUUUUCACCGUCUAGGUCAUUUAAAACAAGGUUGGAGGGUGUUUCUGUUACUAUUUUAAAAGUUAUUCUGCGUCUUUGCAAAUACAUAUUGACAAAAAUCGAACGUAGAGGAAACAUGAUUAGUGACAUUUCAGCUAAAAUAUCUUUUAAAAAUCUGGUAUAACGAACCGUCUAGAAUACCAUUUACCCUGUGGCACAUUACUCACAUUAACCCCAACAGUCCUCAGUCCUCCAACAGGUGAAGGAUUAAGGACGGUUAGGGUUAAAUAACUCCUUCAUUUUACCGUAUUUGAUUUUUUGAAAUUCUGUCCGACUCCUCAAUGCAAAAGAAAUACUCUGCCGAAACGAGCACUCAGGGUUAUUUCUAAAACUGGGUUUCCGAACACUCUGGACCAACAUUUGCAAAUUUGAAUUUACUGCAUUUCUAUGACUUGUAUUAUUUCAUUUAAGGCAAAUUUUUGUGCAAAUAUAUGAAUCAUGCAUCACCUGUUUGUUUCAACUCCUGUUUUGCACCAACUUCCAAUAUUCAUUCAUAUAAGACACGCUGUAUAACUGCUGAUUUACUGUUAGCUUUUGUAGAACCAAAAACAAAUACGACGCGGCAUUUCAAAUUGGAAUAAUCAGGGUGAUUCUAUAAAAAAAUCAUCACCCGCUCUCCAUAGUUUUACUAGUAAACUAAAGCCCCAUUUCCGUACUGCAUGCUAAAACGCUGAAGGGGUAAUAACGAUUAUUUCCCAUGGCUUCAUGUAUGUCUCUAGUCUGUCUGUCUGGCUGACGGGUCUGUCUCUCGGGGGACUGGGCUGUCUGUCCGUUGGGCUGUCGCCAUAGGCUGGAGAACAAAAGCUGUAGCAUCACUCUGGACCUAGAUGUUGCCAUUCGUUUUAAACGGUUGUUCUGAUACAUUUUAUACACGUUAUGUUAUUGUAAUUAAAUCAUUUGCGACCGCAAAGUAUGCAUUUCGUAGCCUGUCGGGCACCAGCGAACUGAAUAACCAAAGGAGUCUCUGGCGCUAGGAAAAAUGGCGCCCUUUCCAGGUUCCGCUUGGGGCGGAUACAAUUAUUUAUCAAGUUGGUUGCAACGGUAGCGCUGGGUACCUGCGACACCAGUCAUUAUUAUUAUUAUUAUUCUCUCUUUCCAUUAAUAACACCGAGGAUUCCUUAAAAGUGCCGUGAAGGUGCCCCCGAGCCGAACCAAGAAAGGGCACACUUUCCUUUGAACAGAGGCGCUUUUGGAACUGCCCUUCGUCCAUGGUUUACGAACCACUUUAAAAUACAUACGUUGCGGUCGCGUCGCUACCCACAAAAUGAACACUCCCGAUCAACCUAGCUCUGUGCAACCGAUGAGGGUGUGCCUCUGCUCAAGGUGCCUUGAGCAGGCGCAUGGGCACUGUAGCUCGGAAACCUGAAGAAACCUGUAAGGAAAUUACAGGUUCAGUACAUGAUAGGAGGAAAACCCAAGAAGGUUGUGGGCCGAAUCCAACAACAUCAGGCAGGGACUGAAAACCCAAAUCCACAGGUGGAUCGAACCAGUCCGACACAAAUGAGCCUGUAGUUUCCGGCUGGGAGGAAAAAACCUCCGCAGCCCGUUGGAAAAGAAAACUCUUUCCUAAAUAAAAAAACAAAACACCAGCAUCAAACCAAAUCGGAUCGGAAUAGGCUACAUGGUUUCCAGUUACUGUUUGACUGCUGCCACAAUCGACGGCUGGGUAAUUACUCCAGUUUAAAAGACCUGACUUACUGUCCAAUUAGACAUUGUUGAGGUGCGUGCUGUUCGAUUGGAAGUUUAAGGUACUUUAAACCCAAUGCAUUCUUGUUUUUGUCUCAAUCUAUCCGAAAGUUUGGUAUGUAAUAUGUCGUAAAGUUGAGGUAAUUGUUGUAAGCACAUUGACUUUACUGGUCUUUUGUUUUCCCAUAAGAACUCUGUCCUGUAGGUAGCAGCUUCCUAUUAUGCUCAGUGGCAAAAUAAAUACAUGUUUAAUCAUA